AUGCUGAACCUGAGUACUCUUCAUGAUGCAGUGCAGACUGUGCAGCGCCAGCACCCCAUGCUGCGAGCGAGACCGCCUCUCGAUGACAGCACCGACUUGAAGCUGGGCUGCCGAGACAGCGGGUUCUCUACCACAGUUGCUGCUACAUGGUCCUUGCUUUGCGAAGAGGUUGCUGUGCCACGUCGGCUGCGCGAGCUGGUUGCAAAGGCCAUGUUCUUUUGCUGGCCCCGCACCGCCAUACUCGAGGACGGUGCCGCUGUCAACAUCCCCGUGCUGUCCCAGAGCUCGGAGAGGGGCGGCGAGUGCAAUGCUGAUGAAGUUUACCGUGUGAUGAACGACUCCGGUUGGGCGUGGUGGGAUUCCACAUCAGCUCUCAAUAUGUGCCUGGUCAAUAUGCAGAGCAAUGAGCGGGUCGUGCAGUUCUUGUACUGCAGCAUCACGCACAAGUACGGGGACGGCGGGGCUAUUGCCGCCUUCGUGCAUUCGCUGCAAGAGGCUUACCAAGCUUUGGCCCGUGGGGAGGCACCUUCUCGUUCCGAGCAUCCAAUCCUGGCGGUGCAGCAGCAGCGGCUGCGGCGCUACUUGAGUGGUGCUGCCGGACAAGAGGGUGCGGUGGACAUGUAUUUGUUCGACAUUGUCAACGAUACCUACUACCACAAGUGGGGUCACAGCGUUGGGGUGCAGUUUACUAGCGGAGUCUGCGACACGCUUCGGAUGGCUGGACAGCGGAUGGCAUGCAGCGAGGAGAUUGCCUGGCUUUCAUGCAUCGUCGCCGCCAUGUUCCGGAUGCUGCCCGACAAGUUGCUCCGUAUCAUGGUGGUGCACAAUGGCAGGUUGGGAGAUGCCGAAGGGGCCGUGGCAUGCACCAGCAACUACGUCAUGCUGUCAAUUCCAUGCCUCGAUGCUUCAUCGACGCCGCUUGCAGACAUUGCCUCGCGGGUCAAGCAUGCCAUCACGCACGGAAAGUUCCGGCGGCCUACUACUUGUGAACAGGCGCAUGCACGGAUCAACAUCGGAGGAAUGAUUGGGAAAGACGGCGACUUCACGCAAGUGUUCAAGUCGUCUCGAUGCAGGUCUUCUGCGUGGAGUCGGGCUCCUUACGUGAUCCAGCUUCGGAUGGACAAUGAGGGCGGCAUUUGGUGCGUGAAGGACUUCAAGUGCCACGAGUUCGUGGAUCCGACCAAAUUCUGGACUGCGGACGAAUCAGGCCAUCGCCUUUCCCUGUUCAUGCUCUCGGAUUUGUCGGGACUUUCAGAUCUACACCGGAUUGAUCCCUGGGUCCGCCAGCUUGGUGAGCUUCCCUUUUUGCAGGGGUUGAAGAGCCAAAUGAAGGAGGUCCAGUGGGUCACCUGCAACCUCUUCCUUAACGGCCCUCGCUCCCAAGACAGGUUUGCCUCUUGCCUCGGCCUCCUCGCCACGGCCGAACCCUUCAAUUGUGAUCAGUGCGAAGCUUCAUACAAUCCGCCCGGAGUGACUGUGGGAGCCAUGGUGCUACUCUUGCCGCGGCAGCUGCUGAGCCCCAAAGAGGACGGCAUGCUCAAGCUGCUGCAGGGCAUGGCCAAGGUGUGGGUCACGGGCGGAUGGCUCCGCGACAAAAUCCUCGCGAGCCUGGAUGUGAAUCUCGCAGCCAGGUCUCGCUGUCAACGUCUCGCAAAACUCUGCGGCCAGCAGCAAGGGGACCUGGACCUCGUUGUGGCGGGCAUGACCUCGGUCGAGUUCUACGGACGCUGUUCGCGUGACGAGGCAUUUCGAUCGCUGCUUCGGCGCCCACCCCUGUUGGUGGAAGCCAAGGGAGGGCGACCCAACACGGUGAAGCUCACCCUGGCCGAGGCGAUUGUGGAUGUCACCAGCCUUGCGGAUGCGAGGUGGGAGUACGAUGAGUCACAUGUGGGCGCCUUUCCGUCCGCCUGCUCUUCGCGAAGGCCCGGCGGAGCUCAAAGUGGCCCAGCCGAAGAAGGUGCCUUCAAUGUGCACUUGCUGGAUAUGUUGAGGUUCUCGAAUGUGCAAAGGGUGGCGAUUCGGGCUAAGCUUAGCUUUGAGUUUCGUUUCGUGGAAGAGCAGAUUAUCCCAAGCACCGCCUCGCACUUUGAGCCGAGCGAAGGUGAAGAGGACUCCAUCGCGCGGGAUUGUCAACACAGGGACGUGAGCUUUAACGCCCUGUACCUUGAGGCGAAGCACUGA